AUGAACACCAAGGCAGAAGCAAACACAUGGGCGGAUACACCAUUCGCCCUCCUCAACAUUCCCGGUCAACCAAACACACCAGCAUGCACGAAUGCCGGUGUUCUCAGUGUCGCCACAGAGAUGGCCAAUGUUCACAACGUCUUGCUCCGCGCUCUAAAUUCCGUAUAUCACCAAGCGCCCUUCAUUCAACUCCCUGGCGAUGUAGCGGAUCUUAUGCUAUACGUCACCGCAUGGGCGGAUACCGUGCACCACCACCACUCCCUUGAAGAGGCUAUGUUCUUUCCAAAGAUAGAGCAGAUCGCAAGAGAGGCUGGAAUAGAUGGCUGGGAAGGCAUUAUGGGAGGAAACGUGGACCAGCAUCAUGAGUUUGAGCCGAAAAUUGCAGGGCUGGUGAAGUGGGCCGAAGAAGUUAGGGCUGGAGAGAGAACGUAUGACGCGGCGGAGCUGAAGAGGCUGAUCGAUGAAUUCGCACCCAUUCUCACUCAGCAUCUACAUGACGAGAUCGAUACCUUGAUACGACUCGAAAAGUGUGACGGGCUGAAGGUAAUGGAGGCGAUGAAAGAAGUGGCCGAUGAAGGUGCAAAAACUGCUGAUCCGAAUCUUGUCAUCCCGUUGGUACUUGGCUGUGUCGACAGAAGCUACCCUGGUAGUGGAAACUUCCCACCUGUCCCGUUCUUUAUCCCGUACCUGAACGCAUAUUGGUUUGCGCGAAAGCAUAAGGGUGCUUGGAGGUUCAACCCAAGCGAUCACUGGGGCAAUCCAAGGCCGCUGCAGUUUCUCUCAUGA